UUCCCGCUCGAUGCGUUUCGUUCUUUCCUGAUUUCCUGGGGAAGUUUAGAAAAUCUGAGUAAUUUGAGAGAGGAUUUCCUUGUUCUAUGAAGUCGUGUUUUUUUUCAAAAACGUAGGUCUCAUCAUGGGCAUUACAACAGUAAUUUAGUUCGAAGAAAGAACAAGACAGAUGGAAAGGAAAGAAGGCCUAUCAACCAGACACUGUUACUUUUCACAGGCCUAGACCCUUCGUCCAACUCCAGUAAUCCGCUCGCCGCUUUGUUGAUGUUGAAGACCAGAGGCAGAGGGAGAAAUGAGUUCUACAGAGAAGACAAAUCUGGAAUCUUUGUCAUCCUGCUUGGCGACAAUGGGCCCAAAAGAAAAUGAAGACGGUCUGUACGAGGCUGAGGUUUCCUUCGGAGGGGAGGCAGACCUCCACCGUCAGAUCAUCGGGUGCACCAAGAACCCCGGCCACAAGGACUUCCUCCCCUUCAGCUCACUGACCAUCGACCAUUUCCCGGACGGCUACAAAGACGAGAAACUUCUGGAAGCGGUCCAGGCCUGGGGCGAGCUGGUGGUGAGGAUCGCGGUGGACUACACCAGCCCGGACAGGCCAGAGUUUUACCCGGACAGCACGGACCCGUACCCUUUUCACCAGCACGGGGGCUCUAGCAUGACGCGCUACGGGACGGGAUGGGCCGCCGCGUGCACCAAGGACGACGGUCUGGACGUGAUGGUGUUUGACGGGGACGUCCCGUGCCCGUGCGAGGACUGUGAAAAAUCUGGCCGGCCGGCGACCAGUUGGGGCUGUAUUGUCAUCAUGACGGCCAUGCAUGUGGUGUUCGACACCAGCGAAGUGGAGAGAACGAGUGUCAAGUUUUUUUACCACGAUGACGAGGAUCAAGAAAACACGGUGACUUUGAAGGGGAAGAGUAUCAAGCACUCCGACCUUGAAAUGGACUCGGACCACUCUGAGUUCCUCGCUGUCACCCACGAUUUCGAAUUUUUCGAAAAAAUUCGUCUUCGCUCGGCCGAAGCCAACCAUCUGAUCAAAGUAGCCGGAGAGAAUUACGAGACGGAAGAGACGGGAGGGCUCGCUAUUGUCGUGUCGCACCCGCACGGUUGUUGUAAGCAGGUGACCUUCGGACGCAUGCUGGAGCGUGACUCGCUGGAGAGAUCUGAACGUUUCGCGUACGUGUACAGCACAGCCACCUGCCCGGGCAGCAGUGGGGGCUGGGUGUGGCCGGUGGGGAUGGGUGUGCAGGGGAGGUGGUGGUACCACAUGGCCGCCCACAGCCAGGGGUUGAUGGACCGGACCAACAUGAGCACUGGCCACUGGAUCUUUUAGCUCAUAACCCUUACCCUAACUGUGUCAUUUAGAUCAUAACCCUAACCCUAACUGUGUCUUUUAGAUCAUAACCCUAACCCUAACGGUGUCUUUUAGAUCAUAACCCUAACCCUAACGGUGUCUUUUAGAUCAUAAACCCUAAUCACUGGAUCUUCUAGAUCAUAAGUUAUAACCCUAACCCUAACUAGAAACUGGAUCUUCUUACUCAUAACCCUAACCACGGGAUAUUCUAGCUCAUAAACCCUAACCACUGGAUCUUCCAACUCAUAAAUCCUGACCACUCGAUCUUCUAGAUCAUAAAACUAACCACUUACCCCCCAUCCCCCGGGGCGAUGCUACUGACUGAAGUGUCUUUAGGCUAUUCCCAAAGGGGGGACAUUAAAUUAACCAUG